AUGUGUAGGAAAACCCGAUGUGUGUUCCUUCUGUUCUUGUCAAUAAGGCUUGCUGCAGUGAUUUGGGAAAUGAGAUUUCAAUAUCUAUGUUUGGAGCAUCUCAAGAAAGGUCAGUUGUGGUUUGAGCCUGGUACUUGCACGGAAAAGAUGGCUGCUACUACCGAUUCGUUUAUCGAGUUGCAACUCGGGGCCUCUAGCGAUAGGAUUGAAAGCAUGUAUAAGGAAGUGAAACGUUUUAUGCUAUACAUAUCUGUUGUACUAUUAAUUUUUAACAGUAAGUUUCGAAGGAGAGUGGCAGAGCUGUCAAAAUCCUUGAAGAUAUCCAAUCCAGAGAUAACACUACUGAUACUUCUAAUCUCCGCAUUCACCUUGAUAGAAAAAUUGUGUGGUGUAAAGUUUACAUUGGCAAAAUACAUGUAUAGUAUAAGAUAUGUGGAGCCACCAGUUGGUAUCCUGGUGUUACUUCUUAUAGAACUUCCGUUAUUCAUAUGUCUGAUAAUGAAGCUUUUUGAGCUCUUAGGAAGAAGGUUUAUUGUGAUGUUUUACAUCAUCUUUGUAGUAAACAACCUAUUAGAUACUCUUUGGUGUGCCAGAGUAGAUAAAGCUAAACUGGAAAGGAUUCCUCUUAACAUGUUCCCUCCCAAGUUACAAGAGAUUAUUAAAUCUGAAGGGAUGGAAGAAUCAAUCUAUGAAGUCAAGGGCUCUAAGGAGAAAAACGCAUCUCAGGUCGGACUUGGCAGCUUCAAAAGGAUUGAGAUAUAUGGAGAUUUUAGUAAAGAUGCAAAGAAACUAUAUCCUAUUUCAUUCCAUGAGAUGGGACAUUCGAUCGAUAACAUCAUACUAAAAAGAAAGAUUCUUUUGCAUUUAAUAGUGGUCUGUGAAGUACUAGUGCUUAGUUUUAUUUAUAGAAAAGAAAGCAGAACCUUUGGGUUUUCAGAUAUAUCUUCUGAAGCAUUUGUCUUGAUCAUAGUUGUUAUGUAUUUGGUGAUCGGAAGGCCUUUAGUUUUUAUACCUUCGAAUAUAUAUGCACAGCGCUCGGAGCUGUUUGCAGAUGAGGUUGCCAAAAUAAAUGGAUACGGAAGAGAGCUUUCUCAAACAUUGCUUGAUAUGACUUUGGAGCACAAUGCGACCAUAGAUACAACGUAUUUGUUCAAUGCAAUAACAUCUCUACACCCAGUUGCCAGGGAAAGAAUUGAUAGGUGCGGAUGCUCUCCACAGAAAUAG